AUGUCGAAGACCUCGGCUAUGGCGCCGACGAAGCGGACAAUUCUAACUGAACCCCAGGACUGGGACCGUUGGGUCAAGGAGCUCCGAGCACGAGUGGAUAAGCUUAUCCACAAGCUUAUCUUUCAAGAUGGCUCUGAAGCUAUGGAGCUACCUGAGCGCCCGACUUUGACGACUUUGCACAAGGCGUUAGACAGGAGGGCAAUACGACAGGUUUCUCGAAGAACCCCUAUUCGAGACGAACGUCAAGAGCCCUGCCAAGAGAUUUGGAUCGACUGGACCGAGCUUACCCCUGAUUUCGAGGGCUAUGUCCGUGUGAUGUUCAUCACAGACGCAUAUUCGGGCAUGGUUUUCCCCUACUUCCUUAAGACCUAUCAUUCAAAGCACCACCUAGCCGCACUUCGAGAUUUCGUUAGCUGGAUGAAGCUUCGUUUUGACUACACGGUGAAAAUUGUACGGUCUGACGGAGAGCUAUUCACUAAUAAGAUUAAGAAGUGGCUACGAAAGAAGGGAAUUUCAGCAGAAAAAUCAGCCUCGAAUACACAAGCCCAGAACGGAGGGGCAGAACGGUCCGGUGGAAUUGUUAUUGAAAGGGCUCGCAAGAUGAGGAUCGCAGCAGGCCUUCCUCACGACCUAUGGAAAGAAACCGUGGAAGCAUCUUGUUAUCUACGGAAUCGGACCCCUCGAGCCCCUAGGACCACGAACUCGAUUUCGAAUUCGUCGGAAGACUGGAAAACACCCCUUGAGCUCUUUACGAAGAAGGAUCAACCUCAACAGCAUGCCCAGCUCAAGGCCUACGGCUGUAGGGCCUACGCUAUGACUUCUGACGCACAGCUAGGCAAGAAGAAGAGGCAGAAGCUUGAUCCACGGUCACAUAUAGGAUACCUGGUUGGAUAUAAUUCGACGAAUAUCUUCCGGAUCUGGAUUCCGCAACGAAGAAAGGUUAUUUCGACAAGGGAUGUUAUUUUUGACGAAUUUACCUAUUUUGAUGGGAAAUUCGAGCAGCCGCAGCUGCUUCCUAGCAUCAAUGACCUUAUUCAACGCGUUGAGAUACCAGAGGACCAGAAAAUCAACCAGGAAAUCCUUGACGAAGAAUCGGAGCUUGAGAGCGUGUUCGACGAAGACUCGGACGAGGAAGAAGAAGAGGGACAGACCGACCCUACCGAAGAAGAAGAAGAAUAUAAGAGGGCUAGGGAGCUUGAAGAAGCUUCUCUUAUAACACCUCCACUGACAGAAGAAGAUCCUGAGGCAGGCUUCUUGGGGUAG